AUGCCCAGCGAUGCACAAGCCCCCGUGAAGCUCUCGCUGCCUCUAGAAUUUCAGCAAGACAUCUUCAAUGAACUGCGCGAGGAGGAUGAACUCGUCCUCCUGGCGCGGGGCCUCGGCCUGCUGCGCAUAGUUACAAAUCUCCUCCACUCGUACGAUGCCGCCGGAAAUAAUCUGAUCCUCCUCGUGGGUGCCGAAGACCGCGAAAAUGUCUGGAUUGGCGAGGCGCUGGCCGAGCACGCGGCUAUCAGCAACGCGCCAAAGUGCAGGGGAUUGAGUCUGGUGAAUACCGACUUGAUGAGCGUUGGAACGCGUGAGAAGAUGUAUGCGCAAGGGGGCAUAUUCAGUAUCACAUCAAGAAUUCUGAUUGUAGAUUUCCUCUCCGGACUUCUAAACCCAGAGACGGUGACGGGUGUCGUGGUGCUGCACGCUGAGAGAGUCGUCGCGACAUCACUCGAGGCGUUCAUUCUGCGGAUAUACAGACAGAAGAACAAGGCUGGCUUUUUAAAAGCAUUCUCGGACACACCUGAGCCGUUUACUACAGGCUUCGCACCGCUUACGAACAUGAUGAAGAAUCUAUUCCUACAGAAGCCGGCACUGUAUCCGAGAUUCCACGUGGCUGUGGCGAAGUCGCUGGAGGGGCGGAAGAAGGCAGAAGUCAUCGAGCUGGAAGUGCCCAUGACAGACGCGAUGCAAGACAUACAAAAUGCUGUGCUCGAAUGCGUUGAAGCCAGUAUCAGUGAACUCAAGAAGGCAAACCCAGGUAUCGAGGUUGAUGACUGGAACAUUGACAGUGCGCUACACAAGAACUUUGAUCAGAUUAUCAGGCGACAGCUGGACCCGGUGUGGCAUCGAACAACGUUCAAGACAAGACAGGUCGUUCGAGAUCUUUCCUUGCUUCGAUCUAUCCUCCAUGCACUACUUACAUACGACGCGAUUAGCUUCAACAAGUAUCUCGACACAGUACUGGCAGCGUCGCAACCACCUCCUGGUUCCACAAAACAGAAUCAAUCACCAUGGUUGUUCUUGGAUGCAGCAGAUACUAUUUUCACAACCGCAAAGCGAAGAGUAUACACUGGUAAGAUGUCCAACGCAGACCUAGUAAACAGCACGAAUCUGGUCCCGGAUUCUCUUGAGCCUGUCCUUGAAGAGUUCCCAAAGUGGGCACAACUUGCGGAGAUCCUCCAAGAGAUUGAACAGGAUACAUACUUUAAUCCCACACCACAGGAUACUUCCAAUGGAUCUAUACUCAUCAUGUGCGGCGACCAGGGCACCUGCUCACAACUCAGAGAGUACCUGCAAACCAUGUAUGUCAUACCUGAGGCGGGCGCGGAGGAUGACGAGGGCAAUGAUGAACCUUCCGCGAGGUUCAUGAUGCGCCGGAAGCUUCGAAGCUACCUCACAUGGAAGCGUGACUUCAGUAGGGUCAGUGCAGCACUCUUCUCGGAGAAUCAGAAGGCCAUAAACAACAGCAACGACAAAUCGGUGCAGAGUGGCAUGCGUCAACCCUCCGGCAAACCUCCACCUAAUAAGCGGAGACGUGUCCGAGGUGGUGGAACUGCUGGUACUGGUCCGUCUCGAAUGGAUUCGGGGGCUGCUCGUACUGCUGGAGACAAGGACGCGCAUAUUGCGAGUCUAAUGGCUGAGCUUCAACCCACUGAGCUGGAAGCUGCCCAGAAGCCCGGCGAGAUCGGCCAUGACCCCCUUGAUAACAUGGAAUCCUACUACGAGCUCUUCGAUACCAACUCUCUCAUCAUCGUACACCCAUACUCUGGCGAUCUUGACGAACACAUCUUGGAGGAGACCAAGCCGCGAUACAUCAUCAUGUACGAGCCCGACGCCGCCUUCAUCCGACGAGUCGAAGUCUACCGAUCCAGCCACACCGACCGUACUGUAAAAGUCUUCUUCAUGUACUACGGCGGCAGCGUGGAAGAGCAGCGCUACCUCUCCGCCGUCCGCCGCGAGAAAGACGCAUUCACCCGGCUGAUCAAAGAGCGCGCAAACAUGGCCCUAACACUAAACACCAACGCCAACCUCGCACCCGAAGAGUCCUUCCUGCGGACAAUCAACACGCGAAUCGCAGGCGGUGGCCGUCUCGCUGCAUCCGCCGAACCACCCCGCGUAGUUGUCGACGUGCGAGAAUUCCGCUCCAGCUUACCGUCUCUGCUUCACGGCCGUGCAAUGGUCAUCGUACCCUGCAUGCUCACCGUCGGCGACUACGUCCUCACGCCGCACAUCUGCAUCGAGCGCAAAUCCGUGCGCGACCUGAUCGGCUCCUUCGCCAACGGCCGGCUCUUCAACCAAGUCGAGUCCAUGAUGGAGCACUACAAACACCCAAUGCUGCUCAUCGAAUUCGACCAGAACAAGUCGUUUACCCUCGAGCCCUUUACGGAUUUCAGCGCGCCGAGUAAUGCCUCGGGCCUCGCUGCUGCGCCGGACCUGCAGGGCAAGUUGGUCAUGUUGACGCUGGCUUUUCCUCGUCUACGCAUCGUCUGGAGUAGUUCGCCGUACCAGACGGCGGAGAUUUUUCACGAGCUGAAGAAGCAGCAGGACGAGCCGGAUCCGCUGCGCGCGGUGCAGUUGGGCCUCGAUCCGGACAUGCAGGGCCAGGACGAGAUGCGCAGCUUCAACCAGACGAGUCAGGAUAUGUUGCGUGCGCUGCCGGGCGUGAAUGAGAGUAUUGUCAUGACGCUCAUGCUGCGGACGGAGAGUGUGGAGGAGCUGGCGAAUAUGAGUGAGAGGGAGAUUUGUUGGCUGAUAGGGACGGAUGUGGGGAGGAGGGUGUGGAGGUUUUUCAAUAGGAGUGUGUAUGAGGAGGUGCAGGGGUUGCCGUCGUUUCUUCAGCAAUAG